CCGAACACAAGGAAAUGAAACUAACCCUGUCACGCAGCCAUGGCCGCAGACAGCUCUGUACUAAGUCUCCAGGAUGAACUCUCUUGUUCCAUCUGCCUGGAGUAUUUCACAGAGCCGGUGUCUAUCCACUGUGGGCACAACUACUGCCGAGCCUGCAUCAGUCAGUUCUGGGGGGAGACAGAUACAAACUUCUCCUGCCCGCAGUGCAGAGAAACGGCCCAGCAGAAGCUUUUCAGGCCCAACAGGGAGCUGGGGAAAGUUGUGGAAAUAGCCAGGCAGCUGAGUUUCCAGGUCACAGUAACCCCAGGAGGGGAGCAAGGGUGUGAGCUACACCGGGAGGCCCUGAAACUCUUCUGUGACACGGAUCACCAACUGAUUUGUGUGAUCUGCAGAGAGUCGCAAGUUCACAGAGCUCACACUGUUUUCCCAGUAGAGGAGGCCACCCAGCAGUACAAGCGCCCCAGUGAAAGUCCCCACCUGAGACUGUCCCCAGAGUGGGCAGCUACCGGCCCGCGCCGGACGCUUGGAGUGAAGUGA